UAUAAGUUUUGCCACUCUGAUUUUCGGACAAGUUCAGUGAGCAUUUGUUUCACAAAUCAGUUAGACGAUAACUUGGAUCCAGAACGAAGCCGAACGCAAAAGAACGGAGUAGUUAAUUGCUUUAUUCGUGCAUGCGGGUGAAACUCGAGUAAUCAUACAAACGUUACGUCCUAUCAUGAUUCGAUCGAGUCUCGUAUUAAUUUUUGUCAUCGCUAUUUCGCACGUUACCGUUGGUGAUGACUGCAGAGGAUGUGUGCCCUUGGAUUCGUAUUCAUUCGAUAAGGUUAUUCCCAGAUUUAAGGCAGUACUCGUUAAAUUUGAUGUAGCAUUUCCUUAUGGUGGCAAGCAUGAACAAUAUGCGACCGUAGCGGCUGAUACCAAGGAUUCACAGGAUCUCCUGAUAGCUACAGUGGGCGUAAAGGAUUUUGGCAAUAAGGAUAAUUCCGAUCUAGCGCAACGCUACAACAUUAAGAAGGAUGAUUUUCCGGUAGUUUUACUAUUUGUACAGGGCAAAUCUGAACCAAUCAGAUUCACUCCUGAGAGAGAAUCUGAUUUUACGGGCGAAUACUUGAAGCGAUUUAUCAGAUCUAGAUCAAGAGUGUACUUAGGAUUGCCAGGAUGUGUGGAACGAUUAGAUAAAUUAGCUGAAGAAUUCAAAACUGUGGGAGAGCAGGACAGGCAGGAAAUACUAAAGAAGACAAGAAUCUUUGAAGAAACUUUACCGGAAGAGCAACGAGAGGCAGCAAAAAUUUAUGUCAAAACUAUGGAGAAGAUUCUCGAACGGGGAGAUAUAUUUGUACAAACGGAAGAAACGCGGGUACAGGGGCUCCUUUAUAGAGGAAAGUUGUCUGAUCAAAAGAAGCGUACAAUGGAAGAGAGACGAAACAUCUUGCAAUCUUUUUCAGCGAGGGACGAGUUGUAGAGAAUUUAAAUUAUAAUACAAUAAUCACCUAAGUAAUAUCUAGCAAUCAAAUUUGAGUCGUCCGAGUGUCGAGAUUGUUGUGCUAUUUUGAAUUAUUUUAUACGCUCGUUUUGUAAAAGUAGCAAUAGGAAUAGAAAUCGCGCGCACAUAUAUGAGAGCAAUACGCUCUAUUUUCUAUUAAAUGAAUACUACUGUA